AUGAAUAGCUUGUAUGGAAAUAGGUUAAUGGUCAAUGUAUCUAGUAAAUUAACAAUUCUGGCCGCAAACAAGUUCAACUCAACUAUGGGGAAGUCGCUGAAAUUCCUCUACAUUGUCAAACCAAUAUCUGUCUGCUCAUUGUCAAAGGCAUUGAAUUUUCCAAAAUCAACAGUUCAUAAGAGAAUUAAAGAAGGAAAAAUUAGGCCGUAUUCAAAUGCGUUGAAGUCGUAUCUAUCUAGAGACAAUAAGAGAGAAAGACUCCGAUUUUAUCUUUCAAUGCUUGAGCAUAAUAGUCUUCAAGGCCAGCCAAUGUUCAAAUCCAUGUAUGACUAUGUGCACAUUGAUGAGAAGUGGUUUUACGUCUCCAAAGAAGUAGAGAGGUAUUACCUUCUUCUUGAAGAAGAAGAACCACAACGUUGUUGUAAAAGUAAAUGUUUCAUUACAAAGGUAAUGUUCCUUGCAACAGUUGCUUGGCCACAGUUUGAUGAAAAUAAAAAUGAAGAAUUUUCAGGUGAAAUUGGAAUUUGGCCAUUCACAUACAAGGAACUAGUUAAAAAGAACAGUAAAAAUUGUGCAGCUCGUACACUUGAAACAAAGGCAAUUGUAUCAGUAAUAAAAGAUGUUAUUCGUGCAUGUAUGAUUGAGAAUGUUCCACCCGCAAUUCAAUCUAAAUGGCUACGUUCCAGUGCAAUGAAUACUAUAUUCAUUCAACAAGAUAAUGCAAGACCACAUGUUGAUCCAUUUGAUGUUGGAUUUCUUGAAGCUGCAAGUAUAGAAGAUUUUGAUAUUCGCUUAUAG